UUUCUCUUGCCCAGUGAGCUGACCAGUCACAGGCGAUGGAAACAGGGAGUUAGUGGACUUUGUGACCUCUGCUAAGACAGAGCGGGGGCUGAGCACCAGCCUGGCAGGAGGGAAAUAUGCCUACUCCAUCCAAUCUGACACAGACACUGGAAUAUGUCUUCAAAAGGAUUUUUGUUACUUAUAUGGACAAUUGGCGCAGGAACACGACAGCUGAGCAGGAGGCCCUGCAAGCCAAAGUCGAUGCUGAGAACUUCUACUACGUCAUCUUGUACCUUAUGGUUAUGAUUGGAAUGUUCUCUUUCAUCAUUGUGGCCAUCCUGGUGAGCACAGUGAAAUCCAAGAGACAAGAACACUCCAAUGACCCGUACCACCAGUACAUUGUGGAGGACUGGCAAGAGAAGUACAAGAGUCAAAUCUUGAACCUAGGAGAACCAAGGGCCACCAUCCACGAGAACACUGGUGCAGCAGGGCUCAAAAUGUCUCCUUGAUUAGCGAGAGAGGCAUACAGCCAACGUCUGAUAUGCAAAUAUGAAGAUACGCCAGUGUCAUGGAGCCAAUCCAAGUUGCCAUGCUUAGAAGACACUAAGUUCCUCGCUCUCUGUUGAGAAUUUUCAUGGAGAUCAGGUGGCUGGUCAACUAAGACAGGGGACAUUUCAAUCUCAGUGAUUUAUGCUUGCUCACUGGAGCAGUAAUUUAUGCUGAAGAGCUCUUUUCCUUUCCGUGCAAUGUCAAAGUCAUUUUAAUCAAUGUCAAUAGUGAAAAUAAAGCCAAAUUUGAAGUAA